AUGAACCGUUCCACAGCACCAACUGAUUGGCGGCCAUGUGAGCCGGCGAAGGAGGAAGGAAAGGUGGCCGAAGCAGUGACAGUGGGGUUCAGAGGUAAGCUUUUUCAGGCGAGACGAUCAUUGGCCGCCCGAUUAGGUUUAGUGUGGCGUGGUGGGCGACAUCUGCAGGAAAACCUGGGCUUAGUGUGGUCCCCACGAGGCGAAUGUACCAUAUAUCGAGGCGAGGCGCGGAGUGCUUCCCCCUCGUGGACCACACUGAUCCUCAUGUUCGACCAACAACAAUUUAUCACAUAG